AUGUACACAUAUAUCAUUCUCUUCAUAUCUAUCUAUCUAUCUAUCUAUCUAUCUAUCUAUCUAUCUAUCUAUCUAUCUAUCUUUCUCAGUAUAUCAUUAAUUCUUGACAGUAGACGAAAACUGUUCUUUCUUUCUUUCUUUCUUUCUUUCUUUCUUUCUUUCUUUCAGUCUGUUGGUUAUCUAUCUAUCUAUCUAUCUAUCUAUCUUUACCCAUGCUCCUUUUUUUAUUUCUCCUUUUGGAAUCCGAGAUCUAGUAGGAUAAGCUUAUCCUUCGACCGCGAGAAGUCAAACUACGGUGCCAAUUGCCGUCACACCACGAAUACUAAGUCUAUCUAUCAGUGGCCGUCAACUGAUCGGCAACAGCAGUUUCGGAAUCAUAAAUCCGGCUACAAAUCCAUCAAUUUCUCCUCUGUACGAGUCAGAGUUGUUGAUGACGUCAUGGAUCAGCUGCCUGCCUUCACAGCGCAUGCGCCUUCGUCUCCGAUUUCUGCUUUUUUUCUUUCUAUGGGUGUCGUUUUUCGUCUUUUUCUGUUUGAUUCAAAUGAGACACUUGCACUAAAUCCUUCUCCAUCCCCAGAGUGA